CCGAGUGCCAGCCAGGUGCCAACCCAGCCGCGUCGAGUCCACUGCACCAGCGUCGAGCCUUCUUCUCACCAAAGUCGCACUUCUUCCUUGACGCAACUUCGCCGCUUCUGCACAGAAAUUUCUACUCUACACCUGAGAUAUCCAACCAAUAUCGAAGACUUCGUCUUGACCAUACCCGCCGCAAUGGUUGACAAAAUGGAUCGCGGUCUUGACGAGAUCAUCGCUGACACCCGACCCAACAAUGGACCUCGCAACCGUCGCGGUGGAGGUCGCCGACGCGAGCCUCGUCAGGACUACCCCCGUGAUGGGGUAAAAAAGUCCUUCCGAGACGACUCCCGAAACCUCGACAGUGAAUGGGUACAUGACCGAUAUGAAGAGAACAACUCUCGCAGAGGCCCUGCUGCGCCGCGCCGUCGCCGCGAGUCGCCUGAACACGACUCUAGGGGCUCAAAGGUCCGCGUAGACAACAUCCACUACGAUCUUACCGAGGACGACCUUGAUGAGCUAUUCAAGAGAAUUGGUUCAGUUGUCCGACUGCAGCUGCGCUACGAUCGUGCCGGUCGAUCUGAGGGCACAGCCUAUGUGACUUACGAGCAGAAGGAGGAUGCCCAGGAGGCUGUCCGACAGUUCGAUGGUGCCAACGCUAACGGACAACCCAUCCGGUUGACUCUGUUGCCUAGCGGCCCAGCCCGAAAUCCCUUCGACACGGCUGUCAUGCCUGGCCGCCCCUUGGCGGAGCGAAUCUCUGCUCCUGGAGAUAGAACUCGAUCUCUAUCCCCUCAUCGCCGGAUCGACGACGAGGAUGCUUCCCGUAAGGGCAUUGACAGAUACGUCCCUGGCCAGGGCAGCCGAUCGAGAAGCCCGAUGCCUCGGAGACAACGUGGUGGUCGUCGCCCUGGUGCGCGCCGAGACAACAACAGCCGUGAUACUCGAGACAACCGAGAAGGGGGCAGGGAUCAGGAGGGUGGACGAGGAGGACGUGGCAACCCUCGCGGAAAGAAGACGCAGGAGGAGCUUGAUGCUGAGAUGGAGGACUACUUUGGUGGUAGCACGGCUGCUCCAGAGGCAUCCAACACGGCGGCGGCCCCGGCUCCGGCGCAGGCUCAUGCACCCGUGGACGACAUGGACAUGAUUGAGUAACUGUCUUGCCAAAGUUCAACUAUGUACAUCACCAGAAUGCUAAGC